AUGAACAGGAAAAUUGGCUAUGAUGUUGGUGAAAUAUCGAGACAUUUAGACCAAAUUCAUGUUAUGGCUUUUCAUCUGAGGACGAACUGGACUGGUUUUGCCGAUAUUCACAGUCCAUUGUAUCCGAGAUCUUUUGAUACUUUUGAUGAAAUGACUUUGAAUGUAAGAGACGGACUCAAAAUGUGGGUUGAUGCAGGAGCUCCUAAGAAUAAGCUGAUUGUUGGUGUUCCUUUCUUUGGGAAAAGCUUUACUCUGAAGAAUCCCAAAAAGAACACGCAAAAGUCACCGAUAACACAACCAGGAUUAGGUGUAGCUGGUAACUAUUCACAUGAGCCCGGAUUCUUGACUUAUUACGAAAUUUGUACUCAGAUUGAGUCGGGAAAAUGGACCAGAAAAUGGGAUGCUCAAGGUAAGGCUCCUUACGCGUUUCACAAAGAUCAAUGGGUUGGCUAUGAAGAUGACGAGAGCUUAGCGGCUAAAAUGGAGUUCAUCAAAAAUGAAGGUUACGGUGGUGCCAUGAUUUGGUCAAUAGACAUGGACGAUUUCACAGGUGCAUGUGGACAAAAAAACUGGUUGCUUAAUAUGAUAAAUAUUCAUCUUAUGCAAAAAGACGAGUUGACCAGCUUUUUAUACCUUUUAUGCGAUAAUCAAUAAAAUUUUUACUAAUUUUAUGAAUAAUUGUGACUUUAAAAAUCAAACAAAUUAAGUUGAAAAUUCAU